UAUAUUUCGGAUUCCAACUGAAAUCACACAAGUGAUAGUGGAAAUUGGAAAACUCUGGAAAGAACCUUUACUAUUAUAUGGAACCCAUAUUUUGGAGAUGGAUCAUCGAUACGGUGGCAACGCCAGCCCGGGAAAUUUGUUCUCCAACAAAAUCACUGCCUUUAACGACAGGGACAGCUUAGAGCCUCGUCCCGGCAACAAAUACCGCCAGAGACGAAUCGAAAGCCGUUUGGAGGAGCAUCUGGUCAAGGAAAAGCGUAUCACCAAGUUCCCGCUAGUGGGAGCCCUUGUUCACAAGGCACUGCGGCGUCGGGAGAAGGAGAAAGAUAUCACAGAUCCCAAAAACAACAACGACGAUAGGGAGCCAAACAGAAUGGUGCUACCGUUCGGACUUGGCCCAGAUGGCCACCACGUGGAUGCCAUACAGAGUGCUCCGGCGCCCAGUGCCCCACCUGCCCACAUGAUACCACCAGCCUAUUCCCGUGGUCAAACCAACAUCUACACAGGCGUUCCAAUCAUAGUGAAUCCCUACAUAGACUUCAUCGUGGUCAACGGUGAUGAUCGUUACAUGAUCCGUUGCGAACGGAAAUCGGUGCUCGAACGGAGCGUGGAGCUGGCCAAGCUUAUACAUGCCGGUCCAAAUAGUGGACGUAAGAGCGAUAACCACUUCCAGAUACUCAAUGUGGACAAGAACGACUUCGAGCUGAUCGUUCGCUACAUGGAGAAGCACUUCAUCCCCUAUCGCGAUCACAAGCACCUUCUCAAGAUACUCGAGCUAUCCGAUCGCUUCAACGUUCCAGAUCUGAUCAUCUACUGUAUUCGCGAACUUGAUCUCAGAAUCUCGUGUGCCACCGCUUUGGACAUCUUCAAGGCGCUAUGGUUCUACCAGGGCAUUGCCCUGACCAACCAGCACCAGACAGUGAUCACCACCCAGGAGACGGGUCAGCAGCUGGCCAGAAAGAAGGCAACCAAGGCGAAGGCGGCGGCCAAGCAGUUGGCGGCUGCCAAGGCAUCCCAAUCUACCGAAAACGGAGCCGAUGGCGAUGGAGCCCAGGUCAACCUCAUUCCAAAUCCGAAUCCCUUUACCACCGAAGACUAUGGCGUGGCUCUGCUGCACAACACACUCCAGCUGAUCGAUAUGCAUGCAGAACUGCAGCUUUCUAUGGCUGAGAUCAGUGAUCUGCGUUUUGAGGAGCUGGAGACCUUGGUGAAGAGAGACACCUUGCAGCUGAGAUCGGAGGUAACGCUGUUCGAAUGCCUGGCCACGUGGAGUCUGGCGGAGUGUGCCCGUAAACAUAUUGAUGCCACGCCGGAGAACCGGCGUACUGUCUUGGGACCUCUAUGCCUCACACCUCGUUAUUUGCGAAUGACCGCCAGCGAAUUCCGACGCUGCUGCGAACGCCUGGAGCUACUGCCACCCACUGAGAUAUCACUCAUCAGCGAUGCCCUCGAGGGCAAAAAGCUAAAGAACCUCACCGAUCAGCAGGCGGAGCUAAUGGAGAAGUUCCGCCAGCCUCGCGCGGAGUACGCGCGAAUGCCCGUGCACCUGAGCGACAGGAGCAGUCCCAAAAACUAUCCCAAGAAGAUGCGACUGGCGCACGAAGGACGACCCACGGAGGAGGGAUGCUGGGAGAAGGUGGGAAUGAAUUGUCUGCGCGUCUUUGUCUGCAUAUUCGACUGAUCCGAGCAGUCAGAUGGGGAGGAGGAGGAGGACGACGACGAAGACGAGGAGGAUGAUGAUGAGGAAGAGGACGAGGAUGAGGGAGAACGAUCCGAAGGCGGCAAUAAUGGAGGUGGCAGGAAUCUCCAUAGAGACGACGGAGGAUGAGAUGACGAUCCCACAUAGACUUGUUGCAUUAAACGAAUAUUAGCGCUUA